AUGGAAGAAGUGACUGCAAACAAACGAAAAAUGAAAGACUUGGAAGACAACCUGUUGUACAGACUGACUAGUACCCAGGGCUCUCUCGUCGAAGAUGAGUCAUUGAUCCAGGUUCUCAGCGUAACCAAGACAACAUCAGAGGAAGUCAGUGAAAAGCUAUUGGUUGCCGCAGAAACGGAAUUAAAGAUCAACACUGCUCGAGAAGAGUAUCGACCCGGUUAGUACAGAAUUGUCAGAGCUAUGUAUUCAGUCAGAUACAGAGAGCGUUUUCACAUGACCUGACGGCGGCCAUGUUGGUGUUCCAAUUCAAUCCUGUGGGAGUUGAGCACUUUUCUUAUGUAAACGCUUUCUUUUGUUCCAAUAAAUUUGCAAAGAUGCUGGCCACGUCAGUGAAAACGCUCUAUUCCUCCAGUGCUACCAUUUUCAUAUCAUUUUCUUGUACUCUCUGUAUAUGUUAGUCUGCUACACAGCCGUUUUUAGGGUCGUCACGAAACGCUCCUCCCCACUGGGAGGAGCGUUGCGUGACGACGCUAAAGACGGCCGUGUAGCAGACUAUGUACAUGUAGGAAAAUUGCUGUUUCCUUUUUCCUCUCGUUUAGCAGUAAGCUAAUCUUAAAUUUUCCUCUCUCCCCAUUCCAGUGGCCACACGAGGUAGCAUCCUGUAUUUCCUGAUUGUCGAGAUGUCCUACGUGAACGUUAUGUACCAGACCUCUCUGAGACAGUUCCUGGGCUUGUUUGACAUUUCCAUGGCACGCUCUCAAAAGUCGCCAAUUCCCGCCAAGCGAAUCCAGAACAUCAUUGAGUAUCUUACGUUUGAAGUGUUUCGAUACACGACCCGUGGUUUGUACGAGGAACACAAGUUUUUGUUUACUCUUUUGCUCACUUUGAAGAUUGACCUGUUGGAGAAGAAGAUUCGCCAUGAAGAAUUUCAAGUUCUUAUCAAAGGUAAGUAGGUUUACCUAAGUAAACUCUUGUCUUUGAAGCUUUUUACAUGUGCUCUGUUUUCUAAUUGUCUGCUUCUAUUAAACAAUUGGUGGAUAAGGUUUUUGUGAUAUCCGGAAUAAUCAAGGUCGAGGUAAGUGUUACGAGGCUGAUAACACUUACCGAGACCUUGAUUAUUUAGGAUAUCACAAAAACCGAAUCUAAUAAUUGUUUUAUUAUACAAUGUUUCGAAGAAAGUAACGACAAACACUCCGUCGCAAGGAACCAGAAUUGAUACAAUUGUUAUUGGAAAUCAUACAUUGCUCCUGCAUCCUACAGAUUAGUCAGUUAUCUGCUAGCAGAUAACUAACUAAUCUGUUGGUUGCACUGAUUUCUAAAAUUAGCUGUAGGCUGUUAGCAAUUGAGAAGGGAGAUAGUGAGUACAAUGUAUAAUAAUACAAAUUCUUUGCGGCGUCUUUUGUAAUUAGACUACGAGUAGUCCCCCAUUUUUCCUCAGGGAUAGUAGAGCAAGCGAAACGCGAGCGCGCGUGAAAAUCUCCCCACGCGAGGAAAGGCGCCUUUUCUCGCGUGGGGUGAAUUUCACGCGCGCUCGCGUUUCGCUCGCUCUACUAUCCCUGAGGAAAAAUGGGGGACUACUCGUAGUCUAUUUGUAAUCGUGGUGUAACACAGUCUUUCGCCGGAAAAUUAGCAUUGGAAAUCCGAGAAUUAAGUAAGCAAGACUUGAGUUCAAGAAACAAACGUAAAAAUUCAUAGGAAAAAAGUAAGAUUUCACAUGUAAAAAACUGCAAAAUAGAGAUGAUAGAAAUUCGGUAUGAUCAGACCUUAAAAACUUCUGCCGGUGAUAAAAUCAUCAAUUCCAUUGUUUCGGAAUGAAAUGAAACUAUGCCUCUCUUCCAGUGUGUCAGUCCAUACGAAGUUAUUAGGGUGUUUUAAUAUAUACGUUUCUGGGAAACUGCCCACCUCCACCUCUCCUAAGCCAACAUUAACACUUCUCACUUAGGGCAAAAUGUUGGCUUACGGGAAGGAUGGGUGGGCAGUUUCCCAGAAACGUAUAAUGACUCUUUUUAUCGUACUUUAAACUUUAAAGAUGAUCAACGUAGUGCGAAUAGAGGGAUGAGAAAGAAACUAACAGCGAACGCUCGAGUCAUCUUGAAUCGCUUGCUGGCUUUCAGUCGAAUAAUAAAGACAGUCUUCCUCUUAUUCUUUUCCUUUUUCUCCUGUUUUUGUUUUACAGGUGGAGCCGCGUUAGAUUUGAAUGCUGUGGAACCUAAGCCAAAGAAGUGGAUCCUUGAUAUGACCUGGUUGAACCUGGUAGAGCUUAGCAAACUUCCUCAAUUCACCCAGCUUCUUGGACAGGUUUGCUUUUGAAUAUUCAUUCGUUCAUUUGUUUUAACACUCAUCUAUUGUUUGCUUGUUUCGGCAUUUUGAAUACAAAACGAGCGGCGACGGCGGCGGAAACGUCACAGGCUUAAAGUGAUUUGAAUAAUUAAGACCCUGUGCAAUUUUGAAGAUAACGAAUGGUUGUCGUGUGGUUACGUAGGCUCUGUUACCAGCCGCACCCAAGAUAGGACUCAGGAGAGUGGCGGAAAUCAAACCUUGUUCCCAGGAUUCUCUCCUACCCGAAGGGCGGGUGAGAGAGAACCCUGGGAACGAGGAUGGCGGAAAUCAAGCCUAGAGGCCAUAAAACCGUAACGUCACAUCAAGGAAUUUCACGUCAUAGUCGUAGGUUGACGGAAAAGAAAUAAUCCCAAAAUUGUGACGCACUUGUGGUCCUUAUGCUUCCGUCGUGGAAAUAAGUAAGGGUUAAGAAUAAUGCUUUAGUUCUCAACAUGUCACAACACACCGAUCUGUUUUACAAUGUAGCACAUAAUACCUUGGUUUUAUUGUUUUUUGUGAUAAUAUUUUAUAGGUUGCAAACAACGAGUCUGGUAAAGCUUGGAAGACUUGGUUUGACUCUGAAGCACCAGAAGACACUCCCAUUCCAGAUGGUUACCAGGGCUCUCUCGACACUUUCAGAAAGUUGCUUCUUAUCAGGGCCUGGUGUCCAGAUCGUACCAUCAAUCAAGCCCGACGUUAUAUCACUGAUGCCAUUGGAAAAGAGGUAAAGCACUGGGUAGUGUUCAUACAGAAUUAUAUUUAUAAAUUCUAUUUACACUGUAACGACAAAGAUACAAGAGGCGAGAUCGUUGGAUCUGUGUCAAGUAAAAUUUGAUUUUCUUUUAUAUGUUACUGGUCUGAUAUUGUCCCACAGUCGAAAACUGAGGGAGCUAAGUAACAUGCGAAUUUUCAUGUGUUUUUUUGCAGUAUGCAGAAGGCGUAAUUCUGAAUCUGGAAGCCAUGUGGGAGGAAAGUGACGUCCGAACGCCAAUGAUUUGUUUCUUGUCAAUGGGUUCUGAUCCUACUGCUUCCAUCGAGGCUUUGGCAAAGAAACAGAGACUAGGUAAACAUUCUUUCCACAUAGUGUUAAUAAACCACUAUUUUCCUUUUAAAUCAUACCUACCAGUCAACUUAAAAUACUCUGAACUGGCUAUAAAGAAGGGAAAGCAAUGGGCUGUUUUAUGCACGCUUCUUUGAAUGUGAAUUCAGUCAAAUGCUCGUAUCGGCUACGAGGCGUGCUUAUUUAUCAAAUACCCUACUGUUGAUGGCUCAGAUACGUGUGUUCAAACGUGGUAAAGUGCUUUUCAUUUCAGUUAAAAUAUAAUGCCUGCUCUUGUUGACGCCGUCAAAAACAAUUUUGAUUAUCAGAAAGAUUUUUUGUGAUAUUGAGGAUAGGGCUCAUCUCCGGUGUAAUAUUUAACAAUUAUUCCUCGAGCCUAAAUGGGCUCUGAGUCAAUAGCCCAUGAGGCCGAAGGCCGAAUGGGCUAUUGACUCAGAGGCCAUGAAGACGAGAGGAAUAAUUGUUUUAAUACAAUCCAACUAGCUGUUCAAAAAUAUCGAGACAAAACAACUUUAGAAGUAAAAAAAUAAAAAUAGACUUUUAAAUCCUUUUUUGCUGCGAAAAAGCCGGCGCUUUUCGCUACUAGUGUGCUAUAACAUAGCCUAGUAGUAGCUCAACCAAUCAGAACGCAGCAUUUAUAAUAGACCACUAGCUGGAUUUUACUAAAAUUUAUUACUCUCAGCUGACGUAAAACGAAGACAACAAGAGAUCCUUAACAAUNUGCUCGUAUCGGCUACGAGGCGUGCUUAUUUAUCAAAUACCCUACUGUUGAUGGCUCAGAUACGUGUGUUCAAACGUGGUAAAGUGCUUUUCAUUUCAGUUAAAAUAUAAUGCCUGCUCUUGUUGACGCCGUCAAAAACAAUUUUGAUUAUCAGAAAGAUUUUUUGUGAUAUUGAGGAUAGGGCUCAUCUCCGGUGUAAUAUUUAACAAUUAUUCCUCGAGCCUAAAUGGGCUCUGAGUCAAUAGCCCAUGAGGCCGAAGGCCGAAUGGGCUAUUGACUCAGAGGCCAUGAAGACGAGAGGAAUAAUUGUUUUAAUACAAUCCAACUAGCUGUUCAAAAAUAUCGAGACAAAACAACUUUAGAAGUAAAAAAAUAAAAAUAGACUUUUAAAUCCUUUUUUGCUGCGAAAAAGCCGGCGCUUUUCGCUACUAGUGGGCUAUAACAUAGCCUAGUAGUAGCUCAACCAAUCAGAACGCAGCAUUUAUAAUAGACCACUAGCUGGAUUUUACUAAAAUUUAUUACUCUCAGCUGACGUAAAACGAAGACAACAAGAGAUCCUUAACAAUGAACCUAACCCUGAAAAUAGUCCAUAAAACAAAGAAAACGAAUAAAUUAUAUUACACCGAAGAUGACCCCAUGAUAGUUAAGGUUGAGAGGUUGUUGCUUUUUUUUCCUCGGCUGAAAACCAAUUCUAACGAUUGUUUUAUUAUAUUUUUAUAGAGAAAUUAAACAAACGCUUUGUCUUACAGAACACAGAAAUCAUGCAUUGCACACUCAGCCUAGAUUUUUCACUUAUCAAGCUGAUAACUUAAUUUAUUAUAUGGCUGAGUCUGUUUUCGCCACGCGAUUGGUCAAUUUGCGGUCCGUAACUCGCUAUACGGACCAAAAGUUUUAAAGAAA